GCGGGAGCGAGCGUCAGGAUCCAAGGACAGACCGCGGGCACGCGAGCAUCAGGUCAUCUGAAAGUCCGCGAGCAUCACGGACACCGACUCACCGACACGGUCACGAGGGAGCCGCGAGCCGAGACCUCGAGGACCGGAUCAACAGGACGAGACCGGAGACGAGACCGGAUCAACAGGACGAGACCGGAGACGAGACCGGAUCAACAGGACGAGACCGGACCGAGAGCCGCGUCUGAGCCUCCGGUGAGAGGCGGUACGAUCUGUGACCGACCGGAGCUCAGACAGACCCGCUCCAAUCAAUCAAUCAAUCAAUCAAUCAAUUAAAAACCAACAACGACAACAACAGAGCCGACCUUUAACCCGACGGACCGGGACCGGGAGCAGAGGACGGUACCGGACGGACAGACACUGAAGGAAUUCAUCCGAUUUGAAUCUGAAAAGCUGCAGCAGAACCAUGGAGCUGCGUGGCGUGCUGCUCCUCGCCGUGCUGCAGUGCUGCUCCGUGGCCCGUGGCGGCUGCGAGCCCCGGCUGGUGAACAUCGGUGCCGUCCUGAGUCAGAAGCGUUACGAGCAGGUGUUCAAGGAGGCGGUGAGUCAGGCCAACGCCCUGUACGGGAGAGACAAGUUCAAGAUGAACGCCAUCUCCGUCACGCACAAGCCCAACGCCAUCCAGAUGGCCCUGUCCGUCUGCGAGGACCUCAUCUCCAACCAGGUGGGGGCGUGUCUUCAUCUUCCUCAUCUUCCUCAUCGUCAUCAUCAUCUCAUGAAAACUCAAACAAACGUCUCAUACAGAGAGGGGCAUCGGAUUAACGUCCUCUCUCUCACAGAUAGAUCGUCUUUAUAUACAGUCUCUGAUCGUCUUGGUCGUGGUCCUCAGAGUAUCCACCUGUCGUUCCUGAGGACCGUUCCUCCGUACUCGCACCAGGCGAGCGUCUGGUUCGACCUGAUGAGGGAGUUCAGGUGGAACCACAUCAUCCUGAUCGUGAGCGAUGACCACGAGGGCCGGGCCGCCCAGAAGAGACUGGAGACGCUACUGGAGGAGAGAGAGACCAAGAAUAAAAACAGGAACUAUGAAAACAUCGACCAACAGCACUUUGACUUCCGGAGAACUCCCAAGGCGGAAAAGGUGCUGCUGUUCAGCCAGGACACCAACCUGACGGCUCUGCUGCUGGAGGCCAAAGACCUGGAGGCUCGCGUCAUCAUCCUGUCUGCCAGCGAGGACGAAGCUGCAGCUGUGUACAAAGCAGCUCGUCAGCUCAACAUGACCGGCUCUGGUUACGUCUGGCUCGUCGGAGAGAGAGAAAUGACCGGCAAAGCUCUGAGCGAAGCUCCCGAUGGCCUCCUGGGCCUCCAGCUGAUUAACGGAAAGAACGAGUCGGCUCACAUCGCGGACGCCGUGGCGGUGGUGGCUCAGUCUCUUCAGGAGCUGUUUGAGAAGGAGAACAUCACGGAGCCUCCGCGGGGCUGCGUGGGGAACACCAACAUCUGGAGGACCGGGCCGCUCUUCAAACGGGUGCUGAUGUCAUCAAAGUACCCUGACGGUCUGACGGGGCGGAUCGAGUUUAACGAUGACGGCGAUCGACGUUUCGCCACCUACAGCAUCCUGAACUACCAACAGAAACCAGGUCGCCUCGUCCAGGUCGGAGUCUUCAACGGUUCACAGGUUGUGAUGAACCCUCAGAGGAAGAUCAUCUGGCCUGGAGGAGAGACAGAGAAACCAGUCGGAUACCAGAUGUCGACCAAACUGAAGAUCGUGACCAUCCACCAGGAGCCGUUUGUCUACGUGAAGCCGACAAAGACUGACGGGACGUGUAAGGAGGAGUACACCCUCAAUGGAGUCUUGAUCAAGAAGGUGAUCUGUACCGGACCCAACGGGACCAUACCAGGUCAGCCCACCGUCCCUCAGUGCUGCUACGGUUUCUGCGUCGACCUGCUCAUCAAGCUGGCGAUGAGCAUGAACUUCACCUACGAGGUUCACCUGGUGGCUGAUGGGAAAUUUGGCACGCAGGAGCGAGUCAACAACAGUAACAAGAAGGAGUGGAACGGGAUGAUGGGGGAGCUGCUCGGAGGCCUCGCUGACAUGAUCGUGGCCCCCCUCACCAUCAACAACGAGCGCGCUCAGUACAUCGAGUUCUCCAAACCCUUUAAAUACCAGGGGCUCACCAUCCUCGUCAAGAAGGAGAUCCCUCGCAGCACUCUGGACUCAUUCAUGCAGCCGUUCCAGAGCACACUGUGGCUGUUAGUCGGUCUGUCGGUCCAUGUGGUGGCAGUGAUGCUUUACCUAUUAGACCGGUUCAGCCCGUUUGGAAGGUUUAAAGUGAACAGUGAAGAAGAAGAAGAAGACGCCCUCACCCUGUCCUCUGCCAUGUGGUUCUCAUGGGGAGUAUUGCUGAACUCUGGGAUCGGAGAAGGAGCUCCCAGGAGUUUCUCAGCGAGGAUUCUGGGAAUGGUGUGGGCAGGAUUCGCUAUGAUCAUCGUGGCAUCGUACACUGCCAACCUGGCAGCCUUCCUGGUGCUGGACCGGCCUGAGGAGCGCAUCACUGGCAUCAACGACCCCAGGCUGCGUAACCCAUCAGAUAAGUUCAUCUACGCCACAGUGAAGCAGAGCUCGGUGGAUAUUUACUUCAGACGGCAGGUGGAGCUGAGCACCAUGUACCGGCACAUGGAGAAACACAACUACGAGAGUGCCGCUGAGGCCAUCCAGGCCGUCAGAGACAAUAAGCUUCAUGCCUUCAUCUGGGACAGCGCUGUGUUGGAGUUUGAGGCAUCACAGAAGUGCGAUCUAGUGACGACAGGAGAGCUGUUCUUCCGCUCCGGGUUCGGGAUUGGAAUGAGGAAAGACAGUCCGUGGAAACAGAACGUGUCUCUGGCUAUUCUCAGUUCUCACGAGAACGGCUUCAUGGAGGAUUUGGACAAGACGUGGGUUCGCUACCAGGAGUGCGACUCCCGGAGCAACGCCCCGGCUACCCUCACCUUUGAGAACAUGGCAGGUGUGUUCAUGCUGGUCGGCGGCGGCAUUGUCGCCGGGAUCUUCCUCAUCUUCAUUGAGAUCGCCUACAAGCGGCACAAAGACGCCCGGAGGAAACAGAUGCAGCUUGCCUUUGCCGCGGUGAACGUGUGGAGGAAGAACCUGCAGCCGUACCCGACUGACAUCACCGGCCAGCUUAACCUAUCAGAUCCCUCCGUCAGCACCGUGGUCUGAGAGAGAGAGAGAGCUUCACUGCUGCUGCUGAGCCUCACACACACACACACAAACCAUCUGUCAUCCUAAACACACGCACAAACUCUCGCCUUGCUCUGCUUGUAGCUCCGCCUCCUCCAACCAGGAAGUGUUUUAUUUUGAAGGAACUCUUUCAGUAUGAUUUUAUUUUGUCGUGUCUGUGAUGUUUCCUGUCCGUCACUCUGAUCCAUCUGUCACAGACGUUUCCUCCGAACAUCAACACACAAAGAACUUACUGAUCAGCAACCUCCUGAUCAGGAACCUGAAAAUCGGGAGCCCGACGGUUGAGAACCUCUUCAGGUUCCUGAUCGACAGGAACUUGAAUGGGUUCCUGUCAAUCAGGAACAGGUUGAUCAGGAGCCUGAUUGUCAAGAACCUGAUCAUUGAUCAGAUUGUGGGCGGUGGGUGGAGCCUCCGGGACAGGAAGUUGUAGUGGUCCGUCACAUCUCAUGGGUUCUUUGGUCUUAAGAGUCGUGAGAACUUUGUUUGUGUUGAAGGUUUAUCUUCAAGAUCUACACAAAAGUUUUUGAUAUUUUCUCAGUAACGUGACAUUAAAAACUUCCUGUCCCAGAAGCUCCACCCCUCUCAGUCCCAGGGUAUCCUAGGAAAAUGUAGUUACUGCUCCGCCUCCACUGUGUCCCCCGUUGAUGAUGUCAUUCUCUCUACCUGCCAAUAACAGACACUGAUGUCCUGAGAAAAACUCCUAACCCCUCCCACACCCGUGUCACAGGCCUGCUAACUCCUCCCACUCCUUCGGAGUUCGGAGGUUUUCACGUACGUUCGUUAACUAACGUGUGAAUCGUCCAGUGAGCCGAGAGCUGCACUGAGAACAAGAGAAGCUCCGACUGAUGAGUCAAAUGUUUUAUGUAGAAUUUAGUUUAACACUUAAUAUGAAACAAAUUUUCAUUAAACACAAUGGUGUCAGUGGCAGCAGAGUUUCCGUCACUUGUCAGUGCGACAACACAAACAUGUUCAACACUUACAUGCUCAGAUAGCAGCUACAGCUAACAAGCUCGUUUCCCUUCUUGGAACAACAAAUAUUAUGAAUGAGAUUAACGAGGCUAACGCUGAUGCUAAUGUGGAUAAUGAGCCAAACUGAAGUUGUUCUUUUCACAUACGAUAAACAUACACAAUGCUACGGCUAAAGUUAAUCCACCAGCUAAUGCUACGUGUAGUUGUCUUUGCUUCCCUCAAUAAUAAAUGACUCGUUACUUAACAACAGGAUUUAUGUAGUAAAACCUAGACUGUUAGCUUAAAUUCUGAUGUGCUAGCCGUGGCUAACUCAAGCUAUAUGCUCCAUUACUCACAAUCAGCACUAAAUGAGCAGGCAAUAAGUGGCUUGUGAAGCUAGUUUAGGAUCACAUUUUACUAAGACCAGCAGAGCUAAAGCUAAUACACCAGUUGCUAAACUAACGUCAGAGGGUUUGUGAAAAUGCAUAAGACCAAUAUGUCUAAUGCUAAAGCUAAUGCUAAUACAAACCAUUUUCCGAGUAUCUUUAAGAUCUGUGUGGCUAAAGCUAUGUCUAAUGCUAAAGCUAACGGUGGCCGUCUUUAUGACAGUAGGUUUUAUAAACAUUUAUCAGUUACACUAAUGGGAGUGACGCUAAAAUCUAAAGCUACACAGGAAACAAGCUAAUGCUAAUGCUAAGCUAAGGCUCGUUGUCAGUGUUCCCAUUUAUCCAUCAGCACGAUGUAUCCGGAGAUGAUCAUUAACCAAUUGGUCAUUAUCGAUAAUCCGAGACGCUGAAGUGAUUUUAAUUUUUACUUUGUCCAAAACAAAGAAGUUUCAUUUUUCUAUCGUAGAAGAAUAAAAUCUGUGAAUAUUCACAUGAAUGAACCUGCGACAAGAUAAAGCAGCUGAUUAGUUUUCUAUUAAUCACCGGAUCAUAAUUGAUGAAUCUGUCGACACAUUCAUAUAAAUAUGAUGUUUUUUGUUUCAUACAUCUGUAAAAGUUUCAGUUUGACUUUUGAUGAAUCUACUUAAUCUAUUUGUUUUGCCUCUACUAAUGAAUCACUGUAUUGAUCAUAUAAAUAAUUAUGAUAUUAACACGGAUGAAGAAGAUAAAUUAGAUCAAUAUUAGAGAUGAUGUUUUACUUUAUACAUUAACAUCAUAAAUAAACCAAACCCCCGCAGGACUUUUAUUUUGAAGGGAAAGUUAAUCAAACACAACAGAGAAAUGAGAUCACAAUUAUUUUUUAAAUUAAUAGAAAAACUCUCAGUUGUAUUUUCUGUCUGUGGAAUGAAGAGAUUUCAUGUUUCAUGAACAAAUACCAGAGGACUGUAAAUAUACAUGUAAAUAUAAUCAGAUAUAUAGAUAUAGAUACAUGAUGUCAGGUUAUUAUCACUGAUCCUCUUCACGAUGGAUAAUCAAUCGAUUGAUCGUUGGAACAUUGAGACGAUUGUGAUUCAAUCUUCUUCUGAGGAGCUGGAUUUUCAUUUUACAUCUGUGAUUAUGUGAUUAUGAUCAUAAUUAAGUACUUGAGUAGACGUCCUUGGUUCCUUUGAUUGUUCUCAGUGAGGUUUUACUUAGCAAAAAAAACGCUAACGUCCAGACAACGUGUCACCGUCAUGUCCAUGUUGCCGGACGGAACAGGAACAUGAAUAAUUAAGGACCAACGUUAGAAACCGAUCAUCAGUUCACUUCCUGUUCACUUCCUGUUGCAGUUCAGGGUUUAACCAACUGGAUGUUUCACUGCAGCCUCCAGGUCAAAGGUCAUUAACCUAGUGAUUCAUUUUAUUCAUGUGUUUAUUUAUGUUUUUAAACUGUAGCUUCGAUAUGAACGCUCAUGGUUAUUACUUGAUUUAGUUGAGCAGAGACGCUGGACGAGUUCCUGAGAGAAAAUCAAUAUCAUCACGUCAUGAUCUAAUGAUUUAUUUUUCAUAUGAAUUUGAAUGAGCAACAUUUUAUAUAAGUUUUAGAACAAACUUGACUUUUGACCUUUAAAAGAAUCAAAAUAAUUUUUGAAAAAUUAACUCAUGAUUAUUAUUAUUAUUAUUAUUAUUAUUAUUUAAAUUAUUAUUAUAUUAUUAACACCAAAGUUUUAUUUGUAUUGAUUUGUGUUGUAACGUGUUGUCAUGCAGUUACAGUCCCUUGCCUCUGGGGGCGCUGCAGCGCAGUGACUCAUGUCACACUAUUGAUUAUUGAUUUGGCGUUUAACAGCAGAGUGAAAGUAAAUAUCAGCUCAACAGUGGUCGUCAUGACGACAGAACGUCACUGAGCUCGUCACGAGGGGGAUCUUUCUGAUUGGACGACAGGAUGAUGUCAUCAAACAGCUGACUGUUUGUAAAAGUACCAGGAUUCUGGUUUUAUGACCUGGAACAUGAAUAAUUUAUAUCAUGAGACUUUAAUCUCAAUGAUUUAUGAUGAUGUCACUGUUUUUAUUAUUAUUCAUGGUUCUGACUUUAUCCUGGCGAACGAACGAUGAAGAUGAUGAAGACGAUAAUGUUUGUAUUGAAUCUGUGUCCAUAUAUAAACUGAUCUGAGGUCAGAGGUCAAACUGUUUCGUGACAUCGUUCUCACUUUUCUCCCUCGUAUAAAAAACACUGAAACUGUAGAAGAAGUUUCCCCCGACCUCUGACCUCUGACCUCUGACCUCUGCAGGAGCUUCUGCUGUUUCUCAUCUGACAUAAAGAGUCAAACUCUG